CGUCAGGCAACAUGCGUUUAAAACGCACCCCGCUCUGUUUUUUUUUUUUUUUUGUAACCUUGCGCGGUUGUAAUGUAGUGCCAUCAAAUAAUAGUGCGUUCGGACAGCUUAGUUACCAGCUUUAGCGAACGAUGAGGUAAACUACACUAAACUGCUGCCUUUUUCAAAAUGGGUGAGAUAAUACUUUAGCGCUCGCACGCAUGACAAGCCGCGCAUCACUUGCGAUAGCGCCGGUUGAAACGACCGCUAGCAGAUAGCGGUAGGAUCUACGUCUCUUUUAACCGGCGUUGGAAACUUUCGGCGCGCGUGGUUUUUCGACUCUGUUGUUUUGCCAAGUUUUGUUAGACCCGCGGCAGUGUCGUCGCCGUAGCCUCGAGCACAACGAGGCAAGGAAGCGAUUUGACAAUGAUGGAAGAAGACAGCGCAGGCUUCGGCGAGUUGCUCCAACAAGCGGAGCAGCUAACUGCCGAAAUCGACGACACCGGCUUGCCGCGCGUAACCCGCAACCUGAAGCAAAUCGUCGAGGAAGGCCAGCAGCUAUGGUCGCGCACGGCUCUUCUGUCGGCCAAGGACACGAACGAGGUGAAGGCUUCCAUUCUACUGGGUUCGAGGGGCUUCGACCUGCCGAGGGCCUCGCAGAAGCUCGAAGGCCUAGCGGCGGUGUCGACCUUCGAGCCGAUCGAAGAAGCUCGCGAGACCGACAUCCAGGCCUUCCUGCGGAACGAACGCGAGAAUGCCAUACUCUCCGUGUUCGCCGAGUCCAUGAAGGCGACCCAAGAGGAGGUCGACAAGUUCUGUUACGACGCCUUCGCCAAUGAGUGGCAGCGCGAGAAGCAGCGCGUCCUCGACUCGCUCCUGGGACCGUCAAACGACGUGAUGGACGUGAGCACGGCCGCCGCCGACACGAGCAGCAUGUUGGGGUCCUCCUUCCAGCUUGAUGCGAAGACGCGAAGCGCCAUGUCUGCCGCCGAAAUGCCAUACGCCCGCGAAGUCGCCCUGUACAACGAUCAGGUGAUCAGUGGCGGCACGCGGUCCAAGCUGGCGGAACGCUUCCGCAACGUCGCCAAGGAACUCGACGACCGCAGCGCGAUGGACAUGUGGGACAUGGUGUGCUUCCUCCUGGACGCGCCGCUCAGUGCCACAAGCGACGUUCAGCGCACGUGCGCCCUUGUGAGCCAGUCUCGCAAGCACCUGGAACGCAUCUACAAGAAGUACAUGCGCGUCGUCAUCGAAGGCAACCGCGGCUACGCGCGCCUAGGCGGCGAACUGGGCACGGUCAACCUUGUCAAGAGCUUCCUCAACGUCAAGCUUCCCGCGAUGCCCACUGAAGGUUACGACGGCAAGCUCGACAGGCACCCGGUGUGGGCGCUCAUCUACUACUGCCUGCGCUGCGGCGACCGCGAGGCGGCCGUCGAGAUCAGCCGGCAAGCCCCGGGCACCGCGGGCGAGCUGACGUCGGUGUUCGAGGAGUACGCCGCGUCCGCGGACGGCCACCUGGGCGCGAGCAGCGAGAACCGGAUUCGCUUGCAGUACGCCCGCUCGGUGCGUGCGUCGGAAGACCCGUUCAAGCGCGCCGUCUUUUGCAUCCUGGGCCGCUGCGACGUAGCGCAGGACCACGCGCUGGUGUCGACGACCUGCGAGGACUACCUGUGGCUCAAGCUGUGCCUCGUGUACGCCGAGGAGCCGGCGUCUCCCGGCGAAGAGCAGCAGGAGCAGGCGCGAGACCACCUGACGCUGCCCAAACUGCAGCGCUCCCUGCUGGAAGAGUACGGCGAGAGCCACUUCGACGCGAUGCGCCAGCCAUACCUGUACUUCCAGGUGCUUUUCCUGACGGGUCAGUUCGAGCACGCCAUCGAGUUCCUGGCCCGCAUGGAACCCCAACGCGUCCACGCCGUUCACGUUGCACUCGUGCUGUACGAAGAGAACCUCCUGACGCCGCCAGCUUGCGUUCAGCAGCCCCUGGUCUCAAAGCCGCUCUCGGGACCGGGCCUGUGCUUCAACCUGGCCCGCCUUGUGACGAGCUACACACGAAAGUUCGAGGCGACGGAUUCGUGCAAGGCUCUCGGUUACUUCUACUUCCUGCGCAAACUCAAGGGCCUUCACGGCGAGAACCUCUUUGUGGCGUGUGUCAGCGAGCUGGUGCUCGAAACCAAGGAGUUUGAGGCCCUGCUCGGCAAGAUCGAGCCGGACGGCUGCCGGCGGCGAGGCGAGGUCGACAAGUUCAACUUCGACACCGAGCGUGUCGUGGAGGCUGUGGCCACGGACUGCGAAAGCAGAGGUCUGUACGAAGAAGCGGUGCGUCUGUACGACUUGUGCGGAAAACACGAAGAUGCCAUCAGGCUUCUCUGUCGACUGCUCGCGCAACACGUGCCCAGCGCAUCGGGGCCCGCUUGGGAGCGACUGCGGGACCUGGCCAUCGAGCUUGCUACCAGAUACCAAAACCAGAGCAGCCACGCGUCUUCGGAAGCUCUGUCGUCCCUGUGCCUGCUGCUAGAUUUGGGGACGUUCUUCAACCUUGCACAUCAGCACAAGACCGCGCUUGCCUUGGAUACGAUGCGGCAGCUUCGGUUGGUCCCAUUCAACCCGUCCCACGUGGAGGAGAGCGUCGCAGCGUUUUCGCGAAGAUCCGAAGACGUGCGUCGGAUUCUGGCUGACAUACUUUUGGCGGUGAUGAACCUGCUGUACGGGCAGUACAAGGAAAUCAAGGGGCCAGAUGAGGUCCAGAAACGGGAGCUGCGUUCACAGGCGAGGGCCAUCAUCAUGUUUGCGGGCAGUAUCCCGUACAGAAUGCCCGGGGACACUACCGCCAGGCUUGUCCAGAUGGAAGUACUGAUGUGCUGAGGUGUAGCAUCUCUCUACAAGCUUUCGUUGUUUUAAUUGGAAGUGAAUCAACAUUUGGGUGCCCAUAAUAAAUGUGCUUAUUUCUGAAAUGUUAAAA